ACCGAAGUCUCUUGCUUCCCAAAAUCUUCUCCGUCCUUCGAAUUCCAAAUCUACCCUAAUAAUUCGCACCUCACCUCUCAAUAUCUUCACUAUAUUCAAUUCUCUGUCCCGUUUAUCUAUCUAUAUAUAUAUAUAUAUAUAUAUAUAUAUAACCGAUGCUUUCCUCUUCCGUCCUCCAGCUCACUCACUCCUUUACUGCACGCUCAACUUGCUAGUUGCUAGUGGCCAUUUUUGAGAUCUAGAGCUCGAAUGCUUCAGGACCCAUCUCGGGAUCAGACCCUCCGAAGCUGAAAAAUCGAAACUUUGAGGUCAUUCACAGUGGAUCAAAUUUUUUUCCCUGCAAUUUGAUUCCGUUGGGGUUUGAUUCCAUUAAUAAACACUGGUGCAACGCAGUGAUAUUCCCUCGUAUCGUCAAUUAUGGCUCUGAAGCCUGGCCUAACAGCAAAUAGAGGUCGAAGCCCAGUCUCUAUAUUCGUCGUCCUUGGACUUUGCUGCUUCUUCUACUUGUUAGGAGCAUGGCAGAGGAGCGGUUUUGGUAAAGGGGACCGCGUAGCCAUGGAAAUGACCAAGAGAACCGACUGUACAAUCUUCAAAGAUCUGAACUUCGAAACUCAUCACAAUGAUCUUGAGAUCAGCGAACACCCUGUGGUCAAAGUCAAAGUUUUCAAGCCCUGCGAUAUGAAAUACCGAGACUACACUCCCUGUCAGGAGCAGGAUACUGCAAUGAAGUUCCCGAGGGAGAACAUGAUUUACAGGGAGAGGCACUGCCCUUCUGACGACGAGAAAUUACGGUGCUUGAUUCCUGCUCGUAAGGGGUAUAGGACGCCAUUCCCCUGGCCGAAGAGCCGCGACUAUGUCCACUACGCUAAUGUGCCUUACAAACAUUUGACCGUCGAGAAAGCCAUUCAGAACUGGGUUCAGUAUCAGGGUGAUGUGUUCAAGUUUCCUGGAGGCGGAACGAUGUUUCCACAAGGUGCAGAUGCAUAUAUCGAUGAGCUCGCUUCGGUUAUCCCAAUCGCUGAUGGUUCUGUGAGAACAGCAUUGGAUACUGGGUGUGGGGUUGCUAGUUGGGGUGCUUAUCUUCUCAAGCGAAAUGUAUUAGCUAUGUCAUUUGCUCCAAGGGACAAUCACGAAGCUCAGGUACAGUUUGCACUGGAGAGAGGAGUGCCAGCGGUCAUUGGAGUUCUUGGAACAAUUCGACUCCCGUACCCUUCAAGAGCCUUUGAUAUGGCACAGUGUUCUCGCUGUCUCAUUCCCUGGACAUUGAACGAGGGCAUGUACAUGAUGGAAGUUGAUAGAGUCCUCAGACCGGGCGGAUACUGGGUCUUGUCGGGGCCCCCAAUAAACUGGAAGACUUACUAUCAGACAUGGAAGCGCCCAAAGAAGGAGCUUCAGGCGGAGCAAAACAGGAUUGAGGAGAUUGCCGAACAACUCUGCUGGGAGAAGAAGUACGAGAAGGGAGAUAUAGCUAUUUUCAGGAAGAAAGUGAAUGACAAGUCUUGUAAAAGGGAUUCCACCCCUAUGUGUGAAACUGGAAACCCUGAUGAUGUAUGGUAUGAAAAAAUGGAGGCAUGUAUUACACCCUUCCCCAAGGUGUCAAGCUCCAAAGAAGUGGCUGGAGGAGAGCUGAAGAAGUUCCCUGCAAGGCUUAAUGCGGUCCCACCUAGGGUAGCAAAUGGACUGGUUCCCGGAGUAACAGAGAAAUCUUAUGAGGAGGACAAUAAGCUAUGGAGAAAGCAUGUAAAUGCCUACAAGAGGUUGAAUAAGUUGAUUGGGUCCACUAGGUAUCGGAACGUGAUGGACAUGAACGCAGGCCUCGGUGGGUUCGCAGCAGCCCUUGAAUCGCCAAAAUUGUGGGUCAUGAAUGUGGUCCCAACAAUUGCUGAGAACACAUUGGGUGUUGUGUACGAGCGAGGUCUUAUUGGGAUUUAUCAUGACUGGUGUGAAGGAUUCUCUACUUACCCAAGGACAUACGAUCUCAUUCAUGCAAAUGGUUUAUUUAGCUUGUACAAGGACAAGUGCAAAUUUGAGGACAUUCUUCUGGAAAUGGACCGUAUCUUACGUCCCGAGGGGGCCAUCGUACUCCGGGAUGAGGUCGAUGUCAUGAACAAGGUCAGGAAGAUUGCUGGAGGAAUUAGAUGGGACACGAAGUUGGUCGAUCACGAGGACGGGCCACUUGUUCCUGAGAAGAUCCUAGUCGGCACGAAGCAGUACUGGGUCGGUUCCAGUGGGAACAGUACUACUGAUGAUAUGUAAGGAUGGAAAGAUUUCCAGGUUUGAAGCCAAUGUAUGAUUUCCCCAUCAACCGAAGAUGUCAAAUCUCAUUCUCAAGCAAGAAAAGAAAGCACGGACCCCAGGUAAUGGCUCGGGCUGUUGAUGGGUAAGACUCAAUUGAUCGGUACUCUGUGAUCUGUUGAUAUGGGCAUAUUGCAGAAAGAAAAACUUAUUUACCCUGCAAGAAUAAUAAGGUGAAGAGAUUUACAUUCAUCUAAAGAACGUGUAAUUAGGGAUAAUCAUAUUGAUUUGUUUAUGGGAAGAUCCUUUGGAUUAUCGACAA